CAGCCGUUGGUUUCGAUAUUUAAUCCAAAAAAGGGGGUGCCCUUGAUGAUGGCACAGCGCUUGCAGAGAUGGGCCUUGUUUUUGGGUGCACAUCGUUAUGACAUCCAGUAUAGAGGCACAAAGUUGCAUGGGAAUGCAGAUAGUUUGUCAAGAUUGCCAUUACCGAUUGUAAGUGAUGUACCAAUGACUGAUGUGGCAGAAUUGUUUCAUAUGUCCAUUUGUGAAGUGUUGCCAGUGGAUAACAAAGGUAUAGAGCGUGAGACAAGGAAUGAUAGGACUCUUUCAGGGGUAUAUGAUGUAACAGUACGAGGGUGGCCAGCGGAAGGAGAUUCUCGUUUUCCUCAAUAUUCAGCAAGAAGAGAACAAUUGUCUACGUGCAGGGGUACCGUGAUGUGUGGUUCUAGAGUGGUGAUCCCCCAAAAGUUACAGAAACAAAUCUUGGAGGAACUACACGUUGGUCAUCUAGGAUGCACUAAGAUGAAAAGUCUGGCUCGUGCAUAUGUAUGGUGGCCAGGUAUUGAUGGCCAGAUUGAGGAAUUGGCCAAAAAUUGUUCUGGCUGUCGGCUUGAGCAGAAGACACCUCCAUUGGCCCCUAUCCAUCCAUGGGAAUGGCCGUCUGGUCCAUGGAAACGGGUUCAUAUUGAUUAUGCAGGACCCUUUCAAGAGUCUAUAUUCCUGGUGGUAGUAGAUGCGCAUUCGAAAUGGCCAGAGGUUAUAAAGAUGUCCUCGACUACGUCUCAGAAGACGAUUGCGACGUUACGAACAAUUUUUGCAAGGUAUGGUUUGCCUGAACAAAUAUGUUCGGAUAACGGGCCUCAAUUUGUAUCUGAAGACUUUAAGAAGUUUCUGAAGACUAAUGGCAUUAAACACUAUACGUCGGCACCUUAUCAUCCAGCAACAAAUGGACUGGCGGAGCGUUUUGUACAGACCUUUAAGAAGGCGCUUAAAGCAAUGAAACAUGAGGAUCUGCCUAUGCAACAUAAAUUGGACAAUUUUUUGUUCAACUAUAGAAAUGCGGUUCAUGCUGUAACAGGUCAAUCACCUGCGAUGGUGUUUUUCAACAGACAGUUGGGUUCCAAAUUGGACUUAGUUCGUCCUGAUCUUAGAAGACAAGUGGAACAGAAAGUGUUCCAUUGUGCACCUCAACGUCUUACCAGGAGUUUCCAGGUUGGUGAAGCUGUACUUGCCCGCGAUUAUAGAAACCAGAAAUGGCAGCCGGGAGUUGUUGCGGAGGUACAAGGACCUCUAAUGUAUGCAGUCAACACGGCCGAUGGCCAGAUUCGCCGGCAUGUGGAUCAAAUCGUACAGUCUACUAUUGCUCCUCAUCUGCAACCUCGGUUAAGUGCUUCGGAUCAGCCAGUUUCAAUGGGGGGCCAAUGGUCGAAUAAGGAAUUGGAACCUAUUGUGCCUAUGUCUUGUUAUCCUGUUCUAGCUGCCAAAGAAGCACCUAUGCCUUUGUUGGAUAUUUCACCAGCUAAAGUAGCAGUACAGGUUCCUGACCAGGUGGUUGCAAUACCAAAACAGGUGUUCCCUAGCUCGGAAGUGCGGUGUUCGCCUGAAGAAUCUGGAUUAAGACGCUCAACCAGAAUAUCAAGGCCGCCACAGAGGUUGAUUGAUGAACUUUGACAUUGAAUACGGGACUGACUAAGUGAUGUUUCCUGUGUGUGUUUGGUUUUUUUUUUUCCCUCACGUAUUGGUGAUGGUGUUAUUAUAUUGUGCUUGCAAAAUAUAAGGUGAUAAUGUAAUUUUGUCAUCUAUUAUAUGAUCUGUUGUAGGUAUGGUGUACUUUUCCCCUUAGUUUUUGUGUAAAACUAAGGGUUUUAAAGGGGGAGGAUUGUGGUGUAUGCCCCUUUAAGAGAUAUCAUACACCUAUUGUAAUACCAGUAGCCACCAAAGGGGGCUUGCUUAGUAUAAAAGCCCUGGUGGUAGUGUGAGCACUCUCUCUUCCUUUCCCCCCUCUGAAACCAUGAUUAAAGGCACGUUGGUUUUACCUGAUGGUUUCUCGAUGGUUAUUUAAGUAUCUGACUCCAGUACUUAACAUAUAGAAGUUGGGAUGUAAUGUUAAAAUUGUACAAGGCAUUGGUGAGGCCUAUUCUGG